GGUUCCCGCGACAGGUGGUCGAGUCCUCCGGGGAAUGCAGUGUGACAUACCCCUGGGUAUGACAGCUCAGAAAAAGGGGGUCCUGUUGGUGGAGAAACUGAGGUUGGAGAUUUUCCCAGGCUCAGUGCUACUGAUGGCGCUGGGAUGGAGGCAGGAUGAAGACACUGUUUGAAGAGAUCAAAGCAUCAAUUAAAAAUAACUAUAACCAAGAUCGAUCAUUUUGGAGGCCUGUUCUUCCUUGGGGAGGAGUUUUUACUAUCAAAGCUGGCCGCAAAGCAGUAUCUUGUACACCCCUCUAUGUUGAGAUCAGACUGAAAAAUACCUGCACCAUAGAUGGCUUCUUGAUGUUACUGUACGUCAUUCUUAAUGAAAAUGAAAGCUUCCCCAGGGAACUCUCUCUCCAUUUUGGCCGGGAGUUUGUCGACUGUUUUCUUUAUUUAAUGGACACCUAUAGUUUUACAACUGUGAAGCUGCUUUGGAUUUGGGACAAGAUGGAAAAACAGCAAUACAAAUCUGAAGUUCAUAAAGCUUCAUUAGUAAUUGAUUUGUUUGGGAACGAGCAUGAUAAUUUUACAAAAAAUCUCGAAAAUCUUAUGUCUACCAUUCAAGAGAGUUACUGUUCUAACUGGCGCUGCCCUACCCGAGUGCAGGAAGAUCAGCAGCGCACCAUUAGUAUAAAUCCUCCCCAAGAAAUUCCACAUGGAAACUUGAUACGACUGGCUGUGGAUGAGUUAUUCUGUUCCAAGAUUGAACUUUGUGAAGAGCGUGGGUGUGGUGGCUUAAGAGAAUUUUCCCAACGAGUUUUCUGCCAUGGGGCACCCCCUUUUGUUGUGUUAAAUAUGCAGCAUUGGAAACCUGAAGAUCUGGCAUAUGUACCCUAUUACUUGGAUUUAUCUGAUCACAAAUAUUUGCUGGAAGGCGCCACUUUAUUUAACAAAGAGGAGCAUCAUUAUUCUGCAGCCUUCCAGAUUGACGGACAUUGGAUGCACUAUGAUGGCCUCAGAAAUGUGAAUUUAAUUUUGUUAAAUAAACCCCCAGAGUUUCUCCUCUUGUCAUCAUUGGUUUAUAUUCGAGCAACAGAGAAAUAAAUAUAGACUGAUGCUGAAUUAAAUUGUUCUCCCGCCUGCCCAUGCUCCCAGAUGAAGGGCUUUUGUUCUGUAUAUACUUGGUAUCCAAGAAAACAGUUGAACUAUACUAGUUUCAGAUAUGUAUUUUUCAUUGUUUUGCCCCAGGUAAAUGUUUUAUAUGGACGAUCUAUGCAAAAAAUGUAUUUUUAAAGUAUUUUCUGGGUUAUUUUUAUACAAGCAUAUGUUAUGUUCAAUAAAAUGUAUCUCGUGGCCUUUGUACUUUUUAUUUAUAUAUAUACCUCAACAGUUUUUUACACUUUUAUCCUUAAAUCCAAGAAAAUACUUUGUUAGUUGAAUUCUAAAUUUCCCUUUUUAGAUACCUAGCAUAAAGUCAGUAUUUUGGUUACCUGACUCUAUUUCUUUGCCUUACCUUCAAGUGCACUGCAUUCAAUUUAGUAGGAUUUGAAUGGAUGGCUUAUGGAUGGCUUAGUUUACCAAUUGCUUAGUUCGUUUUACCCCUUGCUAAUUUCCUUAAGGCAAUUUUAAAAAUAUAUAUUAUAUUAAACCAUUUUUUGUAGUAGCAAGUUACUAUAGCUGUUUGCCAAAGUGUAAACCCACCAGCACAUUUCAGGCAUUAGCUAAGCUUCAACUUUAGUUAAGGUAAGCAUUACAAAUAAAUUAUGUAACAGUUGUAAAUAUCUCAUCAUUAAACUAAUGAAAAUUCUCCAGUAAGUUAUUUUGCAAACAAGGCAACUAUCAAAAAUAUUAGGCCACUGGAUAUUUAUUAGUGUUGGACAAACAUUUAAAAAUGUAUUAUAUAUUUAAGAGGGAAAUAGGGUACCUAGUGAUACUUCUAGUUCAGUGUUUUAGUGGGGCAGAGAAAAAGAUAUAUUUUAAAAAAUGAAUAAUAUCUGGUUCCCUUAAAACAGCUUACUAAUGUCAGGAGGCUUGCGUUUGAGCCACGGGUGCAAAGUCAAAACAUUUAACAGAAUUUCAUGUUUUGUUAUAAAUAACCUAAUGUCACUCAUCUUUUUGCAAUUUAAAGGGAAAAUAUUUUUAGGGAGAAUACUUGGUGAACUCUCAUUAAUGUUAGUGUUUACAGCAAAAUAACAGUGUUUAUGUUUGGGGCUGAGAUUGGGUGCAGUAUAUUUGAAGACUACAUGACAACAGACUUCACUGCCGAAUACCAAAUUGCUAUGGUUUCAUUCUAAAUCUUCCAAUGCUCUGGUGCCUGGAGACAACUUGCUCUAAGGAUGGGCAGCUGAGGGUGAAACCUUGCUAACAUCUCACUUUCAGUCAAUAUUAGGAAAAAUAUUUUUAACAGAAGAUAAGAAUGGUAGUAUUUUUGUAAAUCACCCAGGGUUUAUUUAAAUAGUUCCCCAAAUAUGGUAAUUGGGAUUUGAUUUAUAGCAGGCUUUUCUAGUAACAUGUAUUGCAUGAAUCAAACUAUACAGAAUACAAAUAUUAGUGUAUCCAUACAAAAUGGUAUGGUUAUAUUAUAGACUAAGUUAUUCUUAAUACAGAUUCUUCAGGGAGUUGCACUUUAUUUAGGAUAUUAGUUUAUUGUAACGACUUACCUACCUCACAGGGUUGUUGUGAGGGUUAAGAUGUUAAAUUUUUGACUACCUUGAACAUGC